CGCCCCGCUCCGUUCCGCUCCGCAGAGCCGGCGCGGCCAGGGCGCAGGGAGGGUGGCCCUCGGUCCCGGUGCCUGCAGCCUCACGCACUACCUCCGCCGCGGGACCUGGGUUCCCGGACCGCUCCCCCGAGGCCCGAGCGCGCCGCGGGCGGGAGACGGGCAGGGACAAGCGGCGAGGAGAGGGAGAGAGGAGCGAGCAGAGUCUCGUGCGCCGGCGCGCGGCCCCGGGUCCCCUCCCAGCCCUGGCCGGGGCCCAUCGCCGCCACACUCAGACUGCCCGUCGUGGGAGGGGCUGUGCGCCCGCGACCCGUCGGGGACCGCAGCUGCUCGGUCGGAGUGCAGCGGCCGAGACCGCGCGACGGCCACGCGGGACAGAGGUCCCUGGAUGAGAAGGAGCUGACAGCGGCCGAGUCCCACCUUCUCUGCGUGCUGGGGAGCAGGGCUGCUUCGCCCAGGUGGCCCAAUGCCGAAGAACAGCAAGGUGACCCAGCGCGAGCACAGUAAUGAGCAUGUCACGGAGUCGGUGGCCGACCUGCUGGCCCUUGAGGAGCCUGUGGACUAUAAGCAGAGCAUCCUGAAUGUGGCCGGAGAAGCAGGCAGCAAGCAGAAGGUGGCGGAUGUGGAGGACCGGCCGGCCUGGAACAGCAAGCUGCAGUACAUCUUGGCCCAGAUCGGCUUCUCUGUGGGCCUUGGCAACAUCUGGAGGUUCCCCUACCUGUGCCAGAAAAAUGGAGGAGGUGCCUACCUGGUGCCCUACCUGGUGCUACUGAUCGUCAUUGGGAUCCCGCUCUUCUUCCUGGAGCUGGCUGUGGGCCAGAGGAUCCGCCGUGGCAGCAUUGGCGUGUGGCACUACGUGUGCCCCCGCCUGGGCGGCAUCGGCUUCUCCAGCUGCAUAGUCUGCCUCUUCGUUGGGCUGUACUAUAAUGUGAUCAUCGGGUGGAGCAUCUUCUAUUUCUUCAAGUCCUUCCAGUACCCGCUGCCCUGGAGUGAGUGCCCUGUCGCCAGGAAUGGGACCGUGGCAGUGGUGGAGCCAGAGUGUGAGAAGAGCUCGGCCACUACCUACUUCUGGUACCGAGAGGCAUUGGACAUCUCCAACUCCAUCUCAGAGAGUGGGGGCCUCAACUGGAAGAUGACCCUGUGCCUCCUCAUGGCCUGGAGCAUCGUGGGCAUGGCUGUCGUCAAGGGCAUCCAGUCCUCGGGGAAGGUGAUGUAUUUCAGCUCCCUCUUUCCCUACGUGGUGCUGGCCUGCUUCCUGGUCCGGGGGCUGCUGCUGCGGGGGGCCGUCGACGGCAUCCUACACAUGUUCACUCCCAAGCUGGACAAGAUGCUGGACCCCCAGGUGUGGCGAGAGGCAGCCACACAGGUCUUCUUUGCCCUGGGGCUAGGCUUUGGGGGUGUCAUCGCCUUCUCCAGCUACAACAAACAGGACAACAACUGCCACUUCGACGCCGCCCUGGUGUCCUUCAUCAACUUCUUCACCUCGGUGCUGGCCACCCUCGUGGUGUUCGCUGUGCUGGGCUUCAAGGCCAACAUCCUGAACGAGAAGUGUGUGGUCGAGAAUGCCGAGAAGAUCCUGGGGUACCUCAACACCGACGUCCUGAGCCGGGCCCUCAUCCCUCCUCACGUCAACUUCUCUCACCUGACCACUAAGGACUACGCGGAGAUGUACAAGGUCAUCAAGACCGUGAAGGAGGACCAUUUCUCAGCACUGGGCCUUGAUCCCUGCCUUCUGGAGGAUGAGCUGGACAAGUCCGUGCAGGGCACAGGCCUGGCCUUCAUCGCCUUCACCGAGGCCAUGACGCACUUCCCCGCCUCCCCGUUCUGGUCCGUCAUGUUCUUCCUGAUGCUCAUCAACCUGGGCCUGGGCAGUAUGAUCGGGACCAUGGCGGGCAUCACCACGCCCAUCAUCGACACCUUCAAGGUGCCCAAGGAGAUGUUCACAGUGGGCUGCUGUGUCUUUGCCUUCUUCGUGGGGCUGUUGUUCGUCCAGCGCUCCGGAAACUACUUUGUCACCAUGUUUGAUGACUACUCGGCCACCCUGCCACUCACCGUCAUCGUCAUCCUUGAGAAUGUCGCUGUGGCCUGGAUCUAUGGAACCAAGAAGUUCAUGCAGGAGCUGACGGAGAUGCUGGGCUUCCAGCCCUACCGCUUCUAUUUCUACAUGUGGAAGUUCGUGUCUCCACUGUGCAUGGCUGUGCUCACCACAGCCAGCAUCAUCCAGCUGGGGGUCACGCCCCCGGGCUACAGCGCCUGGAUCAAGGAGGAGGCUGCCGAGCGCUACCUGUAUUUCCCUAACUGGGCCAUGGCUCUCCUGAUCACGCUCAUUGUCGUGGCUGUCCUGCCCAUCCCUGUGGUGUUUGUUCUGCGGCACUUCCACCUGCUCUCUGAUGGCUCCAACACCCUCUCCGUGUCCUACAAGAAGGGCCGCAUGAUGAAGGACAUCUCCAACCUGGAGGAGAACGACGAGACCCGCUUCAUCCUCAGCAAGGUGCCCAGCGAGGCACCCUCCCCCAUGCCCACUCACCGCUCCUACCUGGGGCCCGGCAGCACAUCGCCCCUGGAGACCAGUGGCAACCCCAAUGGACGCUAUGGGAGUGGCUACCUCCUGGCCAGCACCCCUGAGUCGGAGCUGUGACCACCGCCCCACCCUGCCCGCCUUGCCUCCCACACCCAGCCAGCCCACGUGUCCCAGCCUGGCUUUUCCUUCCAGGCCAGGCCCUCUGCCCAAGGGGAGGGGGUCUGCCCUGCCUCAUCCUCCACCCCAGUCCCAGCCGACUUCUGCUUCCUAGAUCUGAGUGGGGGCUGGGAGAAGCUCUGUCCCUCAGUCUAGGCCCCCAACCCAGCUAACCUUCAGAGAUCUCUUUACCAAACUACAGCUGAGUAACUGGAACCACCCAGACGUCCUGAUUCCCAGCACAGGGGAGACUCCAAGUGGCCACUCCAGGGGUCACUCCACACUCCCUCUCUCCUGCAGUUCUUAGGUCUUGGAGUCCCUUAGGUCUGUGCUGCCAGGUAGUGGUGGUGGCGCAGGGAUGGGGUGGGUGGGGUGUCCCUUUCCAGAGGUGCCCAGUUUAAGGUUGGAGAUGGGGCAAAGGUGCCAGGACUCAGGGCUCAGACUUUGGGAUGGAGUCUGCAGAAAUCCCCAAGUUCUGUUUGGUGAGGCAGACGGUGCCCUCUGGUUUAGAGCAUGAGCCUUGGCAGCGGGGGUGGUGGGAUGAGGGGGCUCCUUGGCCCCAGGCUCAAGGUGGACCCUCCAGUGUUCUUGGCCCUGCCUGGGGUGGGGGGAGGUGUGUGCUCCCGCAUCCUGCCUGGUAGGGCAGUGACUGGCCCCAGAGCCCUUCCCACCUCCAUUAGGGCUUAGCCUGCCCUCUCCCUACACCCCCAUCUGGGAGCCCAGAGUCGUGGCCUCUGACUUUGUCCUCGAGAGAGGAGAAGUCUCCAGGGCACACCUGAUGGCUCAUAGCACAAGUCAGAUGGUUUGGAGCACAGCUGUGAAAGCACACCCCCUCCCCUCUCGCCAGGGACCCGACUUUCUCGCUAGCUAGCGGCAGCUUCUGCCCUGGAACGGCAGUCCCUGGAGUUCAGGGGCUCACACCUGGGAAGGAGAUAAUUUCACUGCCCCUUUGGGCCGCCGCCCCUCUCCUUGUACAAGCACAGCCACCCAGUGUGCACGUCGUGUGUGGACACCUCGGAAACCUUUCCCAAGCUGCCCGGCCCGUGGCGGGGUGUGGGGGGCACAGGCCGUGCUGUGGCCACUGGAAGCUGCCCAGGGGGAGGGCCGGGCCUCAGUCCUGGGGCCCAGCCCUCCGGCACCCCACCCACGCUUACCUUCGCCUCCCCCGGAAGAGGGCUGCCCUCGGAGUGCAGGCUAAGAGGAUUGGAACCUGAUUGGAGGUCAGAAGUCUGCAGAGAGAUGAAUGGACUGAUGAAAGGAUGCAAGGAUGGGUGGAUGGAAGGAAGGAGGCGGGGGAGGAAGGAAGACUGGCUGGGACAGCAAACCUCCAUCGUUGAGAGCUGCAGUGGGCAGGGCAGGGGCAGGCCUGGCUCCUUCACCAGGGGUCCUGAGUCACUCUUGUGCCUCUGACUGCUCUCAGCACUGGGGGGGGACACACUAGGCCCAGGGGUCCCUCCUCCACCCCUUAGUCCCUUGGUGUUCCCCACCCCCCUUGGGGUCCACUCACCAACUCCCUUCCUCUUCCUCCUCCCACACGUGCUCCCAUUUCCAGCCCUCUCAGCCCCACCCAUCCUUCCUGAGUGCGUGAGGGGAGGGGGAGACGCACAUCUCCACAAAGACAUGAGCUUCUGGGACACAACAUCACGCCUUAGGCCUCCUCACCUGACAGCACCUCCUACCUGGCCCUGUGCCUAAUCCCAAGCAGAAAUAGCAACAGGAAAAGCAAGGCCCCAGGAGAGACACUACUAUAUAUACUCUUCUAUAUAUUCUAUUUCUAUUGUAUAUUCAAUCUGUACAUGUGGGUGUAAAUGCUGUUAAAUGACAAACCCAAUAUUAUACUGUGGCUGGUGGACUAUUUUCAUCCUCAGUGCUGUAAAGAUCUAUUUUCAUUGUAUAUUUGAUAUAUUUUUAAUUUUGUAGCGUGUGGCUGGACCAGGCCCCAUCACGCCAGCCUGUGACAGGGCGGCUGAGCUGGGGCCGUCAGCUUGGUCCUCGUGGGCUGGGUAGUGCUCGUAGCUGGCUGCUGUAGUCCGGGGCCCUGUCCUGCUGCGUCUCUGCCAUUAGACGUAGGGCCCCGAGCUUGGUGUGUGCGUGUGUGUGUGUGCGUGCACAUAUGUGGGUGUGGGUGUGGGUGUGCGUAGGGUGCUGACUUGUGAUGCCCGUGUUCACCACGUUCCUGAAGGCCACGCUGCCCUCCUGCCACCUCUUCCUCCUCUCGACUCCGUCAGGCGAGGCCUCAGGGCAGGGUUCCGUGGGAAACCCGCGUCCUGGGAAAGACACAUGCCUCUCACUGGUGACUCAUUGCCUUCAUCCCGUUGGGCUUGCCAGAAACAGGGAAUGAGGCAUCUUAGGGGAAUGGGAGAAGUCCCCACAUUUAUUUUACUUUCUUGCUGUGCCCACUGGAGACACAAUGUCUUCAGCUCCAGGGAAAGUGCUGGGUUUCUUAAGAUGGUGAGACCCCAAGAGGGCGUCAUCUCACCGCGCCUUUGUCCUGCGUUUGUCCUUGAGACAUUCCUGACAGUGUUCAGGGGAAACAGCCACCCCUCCCCUGUGCUUCUGACACACACACACACCUCUGCUCACUCCUCAGGGGAGCUGGGAGUGGAUGGGGCCGAUGGGGUCAAGAGCAGGUAGGGCAUCUGACGGAGAGAGAUCCAGCCCCAGAUUCCCUGGAGGAGCAGGACGUGGCCAGAGAGGGGCAGGCCCUAUGUUCCAGCACAGGGUCCCCACCCCACUGACUUUGGUGCUGUCCAUGCAGUGCCCACAGGGGACAGAGCAGACUCCAGGGCAGAGCAGGGCAGGCCAGGGGUGUACCUGAAAGAGUCCCUGGUGCCUGGUCCUGCCUCUGCCCGCCCUCCAGCCCCAGUCACCAGCUUCUUGCUCAGGGAGCCCUCUCCACUGAGGCAACGUGAAGGCUGAGGCCCAGAUGGGUGGACGGAUGGGCACAGAGGUUGAUGCCAGCCAGGUUGGCUUUUGUCCUCGAGCAAAAAGUCUGUGGGGACUAGUGCUAGGAGAGGCCCUCCUGACUCAGCCUACAGGCCGUGAGGCUGGGGGUCAGAAGCUGUGCGGCCCCAGGCCCACACAGGCCUGCACUAGUACGGGGAGGGGGCUGCCGUCUGCCUUCUUCACAGCUGCACAUCCCCCUCCCACCGGAGUACAUGUUGGGACGCACCCGACUCCCUGAGCGCCCACCAGUCCCCCAGACUGGGGUCUGCUGCCCCUUCUCCGGAGCCUAAUGACUGGGGAUGGGGGAGAAGGGCCCAGCGUCCCUUCUCAUCCUAAGCACACAUGCCAGGUGUCACUUUCGGUUCUGGCGCAAGUUCAGAAAAAUUCUAGUCCACGUGCCCCAUGCUGCUCAGAGCCCUGGGUCAAGACCACUCAGCCCAGGGGAGGGGAUGAGGCUUUGUCACCCCUGGAGCCCCUCCUUCCUCUCUACACCCCCCAUGGUGUACAAUA